AUGAAAAGAAUGAAGGAAGAACAUGUAAAGGUGUUGGUUGUAGGAUCGGGUAUUGUCGGCUUGACAACUUCAUUAUUACUUCAUCAACAACAACAACAAGAAAAAGAAAAAGAUAGUGAUGAUAUCGAGUCAUCAUCAACAUCUUCAUCAUCAUUGUCAACAUCAUCAUCGAUUACAUUUAAAGUAAUAGAGAAACAUUCAACAUUAUGUAUGCACCCAAGAUCACGUGGAUUUAAUACUAGGUCAAUGGAGAUUAUUCGAUCGUUGGGAUUGGAGAGCAAGGUAAAAGAGACGGUUGACCAGUCGGUCAUACAGAGUACUGGUAUCUACUCGGGUCGUACGCUUGUGCAAGCGAUUGGAAGAAAGUAUAGGUGGUUGAGAAACCCACAGUUACUUGGUGGAUUGGCCGUGUUGGUGUCGAUCUUUGGUGCCAUCUACUGGGUGCUGCCUGGUGGAUGGUUUAGCAUAUUCAUGAUUGCAUUGGUGUAUGUAUUGAUGCAAGUGGCUAAAAAGUGGAAACGGUAUAUCAAAGAGAGUAGUACCUCUUCAUUUACUCGUAUUACCCAAGAUAUUAUCGAACCUCUAUUAUACGAGUCUGCAAAGUCACGUGGCAUAGAUAUAGAAUUUAAUCAAGAAAUGUUAGAGUUGACAAAGAUGGAUGACAGUGACAGAGAUGAUAAUACAAAGGGUCGGUACAGAGUAUUGGUCAAGGAUAGAGUGACGGGUGAUGAAAAGGUUAUUUGGACUGAUUAUAGAGCAGGUUGGGAUAGGGUUCCACGGAGUCGGAGAGAUGACCCAACAACUCAACAUUUACUUUCAAUCAAAAGCGAUGGUUCCGUUGGUGUCGUCGAACCCGCUGUCCAUGUGCUUGGUCGAGAAUGA